AUGGAAAGGAAUGUUUUUGCCCAGUGUUUCUGCAAAGCUGCUAUUGGCAUGGUGAAGGGGUUGGUGAAGCAAAAGAAAAUGUCACAUAAAGCAGAAGUCAGUAGCCUGGUUGGUGCUGCUGUGGCUGUUUGCUACACUUUGUUCUGACAUUUGGAAUUAAGCAUAUAUCUUCUCUCUCCUUUUUACAGGAAAAUGCCACCAACGAGGAGAUCCUGAAUUCACUAAAGUAUGUCCGCCCAGGCAAUGGGUAUGAGCCCAACUUCAGUGUCUUUGAGAAGUGUGAGGUGAAUGGGGAAAACGCUCACCCACUCUUCAAAUUCCUGAAGAAAGAGUUGCCCUUUCCACAUGAUGACCCCGUGUCUCUGAUGACCAACCCACAGUUCAUCAUCUGGUCCCCUGUGUGUCGCAGUGACAUCGCAUGGAAUUUUGAGAAGUUCCUCAUAAGCCGUGAUGGAGUGCCUUUCAAGCGUUACAGCAGGCGUUUUGAAACCAUCAAGAUCCAGGAUGAUAUUCAAAAGCUGCUUUAG